GCUCGCGAGCGACCUCCUCGUGGGCAGGCAUCGCUCGAUCUUUGGCGACAGGAGAGGGGCGACUCGUGGAGGGAUAGGUGGACACGCGGGGGCGUUUCAUCAACCUUUGUUCCCCUGAUGAACGCCUUCUGCGGGAGUUCUCCGCGCCACGCGCCAGCGCCUAGCUACCAGCGCCACACGUCCAACCACAAUUUUUUCCAUCCUCUGUCCCGUCCUUUCCUUCGUUCACCUUCAUCAUGUCCCAUAACCAGCACCGUCUCACUCCUUCGUCGUCCAACUCGCAAAGGAGGCCCGCCAGCAACAGCUCUUCUUCUGGGGGGGGGUCGUCCUCCAGCGGCGGUUCGAGCGGUUCUUCCAGCAAUAAGCGCCGCCACACCAACGGGUCCGGCAUCGGCAAGAACAGAUCCCGGCAUGCGGGUAUCUUCGACGUCAUGGGAGAGGGGGACAACAACGUCGACCUCCGACAGGCCGUCGCGGAUUUAGUGGAGGCGACAUCGAAGCAAGCAGUUGCCUCUUGUAUCCCUGAGGCCGCCGACGCCAUGUUGGACGCCAUGCACGUCAUGGAGUGGUGACCGGCGCUACGUUCGGCAGUG